UGAACUUGUGAAAUGCUUGUAACCGUGUUUCCAUGCAGAAAAGUUUUCGUUUUUCUCAUAUAAUUUGUUCUCAUUUGCCCUGAGAAGAUCAUUAUUAUUUUAUCAGUACAGUAAUCUGUCUGAAAGGGGCAGAUCAUGCAAGAACCUCGGGAAGAAGGAGAUGGUGAAGAAAGUCAUGCUACACCUGCUCCAUGGAAACCAAAUGAAGAUUAUUUAAAAAUUUUAACUGGAAUGGGGAUUAGUAAAACAACAGCUGAAAAAGCUCUUUUCUAUACUGACAACAGAUCUCCUGAUCUAGCAGCUGCUUGGAUCUUUGAAAAUUCAGAAGCAGAUUUAGAGACCUCUUUAGAAGCUGAAGCUGAUGGGCGCACUGAAAAUACAUACGGUGAUGCAUACAAAAUGGCCUUUGUAAUAAACAUGAGUUUGGACAUGGGUACAGGAAAAUUAGCUUCACAAGUUGCUCAUGCAGCCAUAGGAUUACAUAGACUGCUACUACAGAAUGAAAACAAAUAUGGAGAAAUGGUUCUUCAAUGGACUGAAGAUGGGGAAACCAAAAUUGUACUAAGAGGGAAUACUACACAGCAUUUGGUUGAAUUAGAACGAAAAGCUCUUCGUUUAGGCCUUCCUACUUAUUUAGUUCAAGAUGCUGGCAGAACACAAAUUGCUGCUGGAUCUACGACUGUACUGUGCUUAAUGGGACGUCUUGAUGUUGUGGAUCAAGUCACUGGAUCUUUGAAACUACUUUAGCAAUUAAAUGACUUCCUGUGUCUGCAUUACUUAAAACUUACUUGCCAAACUGUUAAAAGACCACAUUUCCUGAAUUCUCAUUUUUGACUGAUAUUGUUGGAAGUGUUAUGAACAAUGCUGAAUGCUUAAUUUAGUUGUCAUGCUUAAAAGGAGCGGACGAACAGUUCUAUUUCAGGGACUUUCUGAAGUUUUAUUCCUCAUCACUAGCAGGGAUUGUAAUGCUGUACAAUUCCUCUAUCAUUGUCUUUCGUUAUUUUUUUAAAACUUUGUUUACAAAUCUUCCUAUUCAGAACUGUAAUAUAUGUCUUAUAUUAUGCACUUUAUUCCUUGCAUUUGCAGAUAUUUUCCAGUGACGUUCUAGUUUAAUCGAAUUAUUUGUUAAACAUAUUGUAUUGCUAUUGAAAACGAUCUUUUCUAUACUUGUAAGAAUUUAUUUUAUGUUAUAAUUGUAAUGCUGUGAAUCAUUAGAUUGAUUUUUGACAUUGGAGCAAUGGAAAAUAAAA